ACCCCCUCCGCCAUCGACCAUCUCCGGAGUCUCAUUGCCUCCCCUACCGAGCCGAAACUCCUACGCAUAGGCGUCAAAUCUCGAGGUUGCGCCGGUAUGGCCUAUCAUCUAGAUUAUGUCUCUCCACCUGGAGGCAAAUUUGACGAAGUUGUUGAGCAGGACGGUGUACGCGUCUUGAUAGAUAGCAAAGCGUUGUUCAGUAUCAUCGGGAGUAGGAUGGAUUGGAGAGAUAAUAGGUUGAGCGCGGGAUUCGUCUUUGACAACCCCAACGUCGUUGACACAUGUGGAUGUGGAGAAAGU